GGAGGUCAAUGAUGGUUAUCUCUCAGAGUGGCUUUGCUGGAUCGUUGUGACUACAGUGAUUUCGACCCAGACAUGUGGAAAGCAGAAAGUCCAGUCAGAGCCAGGAUGGGAUGUUCAGAAUGGAAGUCUUUGGUUCUCUGUGGCCUGGUGUUCGUCUUGACGGUUGUACAGAGUUCUGACGGGUUUAGUCGGGCAGCCAUGCCGUUUGGUCUGGUGAGGCGGGAGCUGUCUUGUGAGGGUUACCCCAUCGACCUACGCUGUCCAGGAAGUGAUGUCAUCAUGAUCGAGAGUGCUAAUUACGGCCGGACAGACGACAAGAUCUGCGAUGCUGACCCCUUUCAAAUGGAGAACAUCAACUGUUAUCUUCCCGAUGCAUUCAAGAUCAUGUCUCAAAGGUGUAACAACAGAACGCAGUGCAUCGUCAUCACCGGACCAGAUGUUUUUCCUGACCCCUGCCCAGGAACAUAUAAGUACCUUGAAGUCCAGUAUGAAUGUGUUCCCUACAUUUUUGUUUGUCCCGGAACUCUGAAAGCCAUUGGAGAUCCAUCGUUUCUGUACGAGGCGGAGCAACAAGCGGGGUCGUGGUGCAAAGAUCCUCUCCAGGCAGGAGACAAGGUUUAUUUCAUGCCCUGGACCCCUUACAGAACAGAUACACUUAUUGAGUAUAACUCGCUCGACGACUUUCAAAACUCUCGACAGACUACGACAUAUAAACUCCCCCAUCGGGUCGAUGGCACGGGAUUUGUGGUAUACGAUGGUGCAGUGUUUUUUAACAAGGAAAGGACACGUAACAUUGUCAAAUUUGACCUUCGGACCAGAAUUAAAAGUGGGGAGGCAAUUAUAAAUAACGCCAACUAUCAUGACACCUCACCAUAUAAGUGGGGCGGGAAAACAGACAUCGACUUGUCAGUUGACGAAAACGGUCUUUGGGUGAUCUACGCCACAGAGCAGAACAAUGGCAUGAUGGUGAUCAGUCAGCUCAAUCCCUACACCCUUCGCUUCGAGGCAACCUGGGAGACCACCUACGACAAGCGAUCGGCCUCCAACGCUUUUAUGAUCUGCGGGGUUCUGUAUGUGGUCCGAUCCACGUAUGAAGACAAUGAGAGCGAAGUCAGUAAGAGCCUCAUCGACUACAUGUACAACACCAAACUGAACCGAGGCGAAUACAUCGACAUCCACUUCCCCAACCAGUACCAGUACAUCGCCGCUGUGGAAUACAACCCUCGAGACAACCAGCUGUACGUGUGGAAUAACUUCUACAUCCUGCGGUACAAUCUGGUGUUUGGUCCACCUGAUCCAGCCCACGGCACUGCCUCCUAUCUAUGCGUUCUCUCCACUGGGACCUGGAACCCAAAAGGCCCAGAUCUGAGCAACUGUACGUCCCACUGGGUGAAUCAAGUCGCUCAAAAGAUCCGGAGCGGGGAAAACGCAGCCAACCUGGCGAACGAGCUGGCCAAACAUACCAAAGGAGCCAUCUUUGCCGGUGACAUUAGCUCUACCAUGAGGCUCAUGGAGCAGCUGGUGGAUAUUCUAGACGCUCAGUUACAGGAACUGCGACCCAGCGAGAAAGACUCCACCGGCCGCAGCUUCAAUAAGGCUAUCGUGGAUACAGUCGACAACCUCCUCAGACCGGAGGCUCUGAAAUCAUGGCGAGAUAUGAAUACCACGGAGCAGACACACGCCGCAACUAUGUUACUGGACACCCUGGAGGAAGGAGCCUUUGUCCUUGCUGACAAUUUAAUGGAACCGGCCAUCGUGAAAGUACCAGCCAGCAAUAUAAUUCUGGAUGUUUACGUGCUGAGCACAGAUGGGCAGGUUCAAGAUUUCAGGUUUCCCCAGAGCGGCAGGGGUGGUAUUUCUAUCCAACUGUCUUCCAAUACGGUGAAACUCAACAGUCGUAAUGGUGUUGCCAAGUUGGUUUUUGCCCUUUAUAAGAACCUGGGGCAGUUUCUAAGCACGGAGAAUGCGACGAUGAAGCUCGGCCACGAAGCUAACGGACGCAACCUCUCCGUGGCUGUGAAUUCCGACGUCAUUGCCGCCUCAAUAAACAAAGAAUCCAGUCGUGUAUUUAUAUCGGAGCCUGUGAUUUUCACCCUGGAGCACAUUGACAUGCAACAUUACUAUAACUCCAACUGCUCUUUCUGGAACUACUCUGAGAGAACCAUGAUGGGAUACUGGUCCACUCAGGGCUGCAAACUCAUCCACGCCAAUAAAAGUCACACCACCUGCUCCUGUAGUCAUCUCACUAACUUUGCGGUGCUCAUGGCUCAUCGAGAGCUGCUGGGUGCAGAUAAAGUCCAGGAGCUGUUGUUGAGCGUCAUCAGUCGUGUGGGAAUCGUGGUAUCCCUCAUCUGUCUGGCCAUGAGCAUAUUCACCUUUUGUUUCUUCCGUGGGCUGCAGAGUGACAGGAACACAAUCCAUAAGAACCUGUGCAUCAACCUUUUCAUCGCUGAGCUCAUCUUCCUCAUCGGAAUCGACAUGACGGAGCCCAGGAUGGCCUGCUCCAUAAUUGCAGGAAUCCUGCAUUACUUUUUUCUGGCAUCUUUCGCGUGGAUGUGUUUGGAAGGGGUUCAGCUCUAUCUGAUGCUGGUGGAGGUCUUCGAGAGCGAAUAUUCACGCAGGAGAUAUUUCUACAUUACGGGAUACCUCCUCCCCGCUGUGGUCGUGGGCGUUUCUGCUGCUGUAGACUACAGGAGCUAUGGCACUAAGAAUGCAUGCUGGCUCAGGAUGGACAAUCACUUCAUCUGGAGUUUCAUCGGGCCCGUUACCUUCAUUAUUAUGCUCAAUCUCAUCUUCCUGCUCAUCACGAUGUACAAAAUGAUGAAACACUCUACAUCGCUGAAACCUGAUUCCAGCCGGCUGGAGCACAUCAAGUCGUGGGUCAUGGGCGGCUUUGUUCUGCUGUGUCUCUUGGGCCUGACCUGGUCAUUUGGGUUGUUCUUCAUCAGCGAGUCGUCCGUUGUCUUAGCGUACCUCUUCACCAUCUUCAACACGUUCCAGGGCAUGUUUAUCUUCACCUUCCACUGCCUGCUUCAGAAGAAAGUUCGGAGAGAGUACAGCAAAUGCCUCCGACACACGUACUGCUGUAGCGGGAUCACGACAGAGAGCUCACACAGCUCCACAAAGACCUCAACAACACGGACAAGCGCUCGCUAUUCCUCUGGAACUCAGAGUCGAAUCAGAAGAAUGUGGAACGACACAGUCAGAAAACAGUCAGAGUCCUCUUUCAUCUCAGGAGACAUCAACAGCACAUCAACCCUCAACCAAGGACACUCGGUGACCAGCGGCAGAGAUACGAACACGUUCGGGACUCUACCACUCAACGGCAACUUUAAUAACAGCUACUCACUUCAUAACUACAGCGACGGUGUGCAGGUGGUGGAUUGCGGGCUCAGUCUCAAUGACACAGCCUUCGAGAAGAUGAUCAUCUCUGAGCUUGUGCACAACAACCUCAGGGCCGCCGAGUCCCGGAUCAGCACCAAAAAGGGGGCGGGGAUCAGCAGAGGGGAGGAGCCUGUGGUCGCGGAGACGUCGUCCCUUGUGCAGGUGGGUGGGGACAGCGAGAUGGACGGUAUGGGGCUGCACCACACGCAUCCCCGCACGCUCGAAGCCCCCCUCAUCCCCCAGCGAACUCACUCGCUCCUGUACCACACGCAGGAGAGAGCGAGGGCCGACGCAGACGGAGGGCAGUCGCAUCCCCACAGCUACAUCGGCCAGCUCCCGCCUCCAGCCGAAACCGCCCUGCCCUCCCCCAACAGAGACUCGGUGUACACCAGCAUGCCAAACCUCAGAGACUCGCCAUUCUCGGAGAGCAGUCUAGACGUUGGCCAGGACCUCUCGCCAUCCAAACACAGUCCGAGCGAAGACGUUUACUAUAAAAGCAUGCCCAACCUGGGGUCAGGCCAGCAGCUGCACGCGUAUUAUCAGAUGAGCAGAGACAGUAGCGAGGGCCUCAUCAUCCCCGUCUCUAAAGACGCUUGUGUCCCCGAGGGGGACGUACGAGAGGGACAAAUGCAGCUGGUCACAAGCCUUUAAAACAAACUGUAAUCACCGCCCACCAUGUACACAGCCCCGCCCAUCCACCGAUGGCAGAGUGGUCUUCCUUUUUUAGCCUCCCACAUAACUGCACACAUAAUGGAGAUGUACCGCUGCUGUCCAACGAGUUACAGGCAGGCCCAGACGGAAUCUGCAGACUUUUAAUCGCAUUUUCUGUGCUGAUUUUAGGUGGAAAUUUGUAGCGGAAAGUUGUCACUCAUGAAAUGUCACACAAAGCUUAUGCCUUGUUUUUGGUAAAGAUAUCCUUACAAAAAUGCAUUAACUUGACCAGCAAAAAUGCAUAAAACCUGAUAUUAAGAUUUUUGUUCAAAAAAAAUGUUGAAUUAUUAUUUGUAUUUUUUUUUUUAUCCCAUUGGGGGGAUAAAAAAAUAUUCCCGGUCAAGAAUGCUAUGUUAUGCCAUUAUGCUAUUAUCACCAAAUAUUUUUUUAAACGUUAUUAAAAUGUUUUCUUUCAAUUAGCACAGGUUUUUGAAUGAAAAUCAUCCAAAAAGAAUGCUUUUCAUUCAAAAACUGAGGUGCAUAAGCCAGGGUUGCCAGGUCUUCGUAACAAAACUAGCCCAAUCAUGGCCAAAACAAGCCCAAUAGCAGAAAUUGGCAAUCAUUUAAAAAUUACAUUAAAAUUGUGUUCCAUGGAGGUUGUACUUGAUCGAAAUCACAUUCCAGGGGGGCAGGGAAUUUUGCUUUUACCCACAGACAAAAAACAUACCGCGGCAACAGUAUAAAAGUAAGCACGGACUUGGCAACUCAGAUCAAUGAAGUCUACAAUCAUUCAGUUACAAAAAGAAAUCUGUACCAACUGAAAGAAAACAAGUGGACAGAAAGAUUGAAUCCAAGAUUUGGUGAUAAUAUAGCAUAACAAGACAUUUGUAAACAAUUCUUAAAUGGCUGGCAACACCACAUUAGGUACAGGAUUUUCAGCAAAGCACAAGAGUUAAGGUAAAUGCUGAAAAGAAAAUAAAAGAAAAGAAGAAGAA